UGUCUAUCUCCUUUUCUGGUUUUCUAUUGAUUUGAAUUCAUUUUGUGUGUAGUCGAAGAUUGCAGCCGAUAAGGCCACGUGAUUUAUCGCUGCCAAGACCUGCCGCCGCAACGACUUUUUUCUCUACUCUCAACCACGAGGCGAGAAGCACUACAAGCCAUCAACAUUUACAACCAACAUGCCUCAGAACGAGUAUAUCGAACGCUGGCAAAAGCAGCACGGCAAACGCCUCGACCACGAGGAACGAUCCCGCAAGCGCCAAGCCCGUGAACACCACCAACAAUCUAAAGAUGCCCAGAACCUGCGCGGCCUGAGAGCCAAGCUCUACCAGCAGAAGCGCCAUGCGGAGAAGAUCCAGAUGAAGAAACGCAUCAAGGCGCAGGAGGAGAAGAACGUCAAGUCCUCUGCCCCCGAGGAGCCCUCCAAGACACCCUUGCCGCAGUACCUGUUGGACCGUUCGCAGGCUACGAAUGCGAAGGCUUUGUCGAGUGCUAUUAAGGAUAAGCGGAAUGAGAAGGCGGCUAAGUUUGCGGUGCCGUUGCCCAAGGUUAAGGGUAUUAGUGAGGAAGAGAUGUUCAAGGUUGUGAACACGGGUAAGAAGACGGCUAAGAAGUCGUGGAAGAGGAUGAUUACCAAACCUACUUUUGUGGGUGGUGAUUUCACUCGGAGACCGGUCAAGUAUGAGCGGUUUAUUCGGCCUAUGGGUUUGCGUUACAAGAAAGCCAAUGUUACUCACCCCGAAAUGGCCGUCACCGUGCAACUGCCCAUCCUCUCCGUCAAGAAGAACCCCCAGAACCCUCUGUACACUCAGCUCGGUGUCCUGACCAAGGGAACAAUCCUCGAGGUCAAUGUCUCCGAGUUGGGUAUGGUCACCACCAACGGCAAGGUCGUCUGGGGUAAAUGGGCCCAGGUUACCAACAACCCCGAGAACGACGGCUGUGUCAAUGCUGUCCUCCUUGUUUAAUCGCUUGUUUCGGCAUGACUACUAAAACCGUCUACCUUGCCAUUACAUCUUGACUUCGAUACCAUUGGCCCUUAUUUGUUUUCGUCUAUCUCGUGUUUAUAAUUGAUAUUUUGGAUGGUGUUAAGGCGCUGAAAUGUUAUCUCACGUUGUUCAUAUACGUCAUCUAAAAAGUCGACUAGAGUGCUCAGGUACCCUUUAGAUAGAGUUACGAAUCUUCAAUUGACUGCAUUCUGCAC